AUGCUGCGCAUAACAUUAACUAAGACAUUGGCGAGGGGACGUAUUAUCCCCCGUACCAAUCCUACAAUUCUUACACGCGCCUUGUCCCGGCCUUUUUCAAGCCGUUCUUGGACCCCGAAUAGUGGUCCUCAGGCCUGGACACCAACACCAUUUGUGACCGAGACAGUGGCUGGUGGUUGGCAAACCUCCGAUAUAUUCUCCCGUCUGCUCAAAGAGCGCAUUGUCUGUCUAAAUGGAGAAGUAAACGAAGCCAUGUCCGCCACAAUCGUCGCCCAGCUUCUCUUCCUCGAGUCGCAAGACCCCAAGAAAACAAUUCAUCUCUACAUUAACUCACCCGGUGGCUCCGUCACCGCAGGUCUCGCGAUAUACGACACAAUGACAUACAUCCGAUGCCCCGUCAGCACAAUCUGUAUCGGCCAAGCCGCCUCAAUGGGCUCCCUCCUCCUCUCCGGCGGACAAGCAGGCAUGCGCUACUGUCUUCCCCAUAGUUCCAUAAUGAUCCACCAGCCCUCCGGUGGCUACAUCGGCCAAGCUAGUGAUAUUGCGAUCCAUGCAAAGGAAAUUCUGCGUGUGCGCAACGAGUUGAACAAGAUUUAUCAGUCACACCUUACUGGCAAGAAUAAAUUGUCGCUUGAUGAGAUUGAGAAGCUUAUGGAGCGCGACUACUUCAUGAGUGCGCAGGAAGCGUUGGAGUUGGGUAUUGUGGAUGAGAUUCUGGAUCGUCGGACGCAGGUUGAUUAG